AUGCAGUACAAGAAGGCAUUUCUAACAUCCCUAUUAAGUAGUAUUGUGCUAACCGCGUAUGCCCCACCUGAACCGUGGGCAACUUUAACUCCAAGCUCUAAAAUGGAUGGUGGCACAACAGAGUACCGAACUUCAUUUGGUCUCGCUGUUAUACCUUUCACUGUCACUGAAGGUAAGGUCAAAAGAAACGUCAUUUCACAGAUUAACGACGGUCAAGUGCAAGUGACGACACAAAAAUUACCUAAUCCAGUUUCGCAAAUAGGAGACGGUCAGGUACAAGUUACCACGCAGAAGGUGCCUCCGGUAGUGUCGCAUAUAGUGUCACAAAUAGGUGAUGGUCAAUUACAAAUAACUACGGCUAAAAACGUUGUAACAAAGUCCACAGUUGCUAUUUCAAGUAAAACUGCAACUGUGACAGCAACUUCGACCGCAACUGCUAUAUCUCAGAUUCAUGAUGGUCAAGUGCAAGUUACUAUCUCGUCGAUCAGUAAUAAGCCUGAGCCUUCAAAGGGUAAGCUAGAGCCAACAAAGAAGUCAAACAAUGAAAAUGUGAUCAAGGUGCAAGCCUGUAAAAAUCCUGGCACCUUGGCAAUAACCUUACAAGGAGGUGUUCUAACCGACUCUCUGGGUAGAAUUGGAUCGAUCGUAGCGAAUAGGCAGUUCCAGUUUGAUGGUCCGCCUCCACAGGCAGGCGCUAUUUAUGCCGGCGGCUGGUCAAUAACGAGGCACGGUACUUUAGCUAUUGGUGACAAUGACGUGUUUUACCAAUGUUUGUCCGGUACCUUCUAUAAUCUUUACGAUCAGUCUAUCGGGGGUCAGUGUAAUCCUGUUCAUUUACAAACAGUUGGUCUCGUUGACUGUUGA